AAAAACUUUUUGAGGGAUACUCUUACAAACCCUAAUCUAAUCUCACUUUCUUGUUCUUCUUCUUAUUUGUAACGAAGCAAACGCUGCCGAAUUCGUUAUCGCUUUGCACUAGCAGCUUUGAAACCCGGUUCAUCCGAAGCCCUUCACCGAACCAUGUCGAGGAGAAAGGUUAGAGAGCCAAAGGAGGAAAAUGUGACUCUGGGUCCAGCUGUUAGAGAUGGUGAACACGUUUUUGGCGUUGCUCGCAUCUUUGCCUCCUUCAACGACACCUUCAUCCAUGUCACUGAUUUGUCUGGCAGGGAAACCCUUGUCCGAAUCACUGGUGGUAUGAAAGUUAAAGCUGACAGAGAUGAAUCAUCUCCUUAUGCUGCUAUGCUUGCAGCUCAGGAUGUUGCUGCCAGAUGCAAGGAACUGGGCAUAACUGCUCUUCAUAUCAAGCUCCGUGCUACUGGUGGAAACAAGACCAAAACACCUGGUCCUGGUGCUCAAUCAGCUCUUCGAGCCCUUGCUCGUUCAGGAAUGAAAAUUGGUCGUAUAGAGGAUGUUACUCCCAUUCCUUCGGAUAGCACACGUAGAAAGAGUGGUAGAAGGGGUAGAAGACUUUAAACUUCCUAUUCUGGAGUUGCUAUAUUUUACUUUUAAUGCCAAAGAGAAUUGUGGCCUUUUGAUGUUUUUUAAGUUAAUAUCAGAACUUCUAUUGCAUUUCUUGAGGUGUUGAACAGAAUUUUUGUUGAGUACACAUUUAAUCAUUGUUGUCAGAGAUUUUUUAAAGUUGAGCAUGUUGCUUCCUAGGUUUGGUUGAUUAUUGUUUUUUAUAAUUCGGUUCUCCCUUUCGGCUACUCUUAAGCAUGAAUGAAUUAUAAAUCUAUUCGUUGUUCGUCAA